CCCAAAAUGUUACUACUUGAAGAAUACCACGAUGUCCUAUACGCAAGACACUUCGGUAGCAACAAGAUGCUGACCGGUAUCGCAAAGCACUACUACUGGCCCUACUUGGCAGAAGAUGUUCAGAAAUUCGUCACCUCAUAUGAUACAUGUCAACGAAUGAAGAGCAGCAAGCAGAAGAAGGCGGGACUUCUACUGCCUCUUCCUGUCCCAGAACAACCAUGGCAAGUGGUCAGCCUGGAUUUCAUCACCGGGUUACCACCUACCACUACCGGUCAUGACGCAAUCCUUGUCGUCAUCGACAAGUUCUCCAAAAUGGGACACUUCAUCCCGAUACACACGACAGCGCGUACCGAAGAAACAGCACAACUCUUCAUUCGUUACAUCAUCUCACAACAUGGCAUUCCAACCACACUCAUCUCCGACCGAGACCCCAAGUUCACCAGCAAGUUUUGGAAGGAACUAAUGUCUCUGCUCAGGACCAAACUCGCCAUGUCCUCCGCUUACCAUCCGCAGACAGACGGACAGACCGAGCGCCUCAACCAGGUUGUCGAGCAACUCCUCCGAGCAGCCUGCAAGGACGAGAUCUCUAAAUGGGACUUGCACCUACCCGUACUGGAGUUUGCUUACAAUAACGCUACACACGUCGAUACAGGACAGAUGCCAUUCUUCCUCUGCUAUGGAUGCCACCCACUCACACUACAAAAACCGACAGCCUCAGCUACAGUCCAACCUGCACACAAUUUCAUCACAACCAUGCAUCAGCUUUGGGAUUGGACCCACAAGCGCCUCCUCGACAUUCAACAGCAACAGAAGCGCCAGGUCGAUCGCCAUCGCAACGACCACACCAUCACCGUGGGGGAGCAGGUGCUUCUCGACACCCGCAACCUGGACAUUAGCCAUCUCCCAUCUAAACUUCGACCUCGCUUCUGCGGGCCUUUCCUCGUUGAAGCACAGAUCACUCCUGUUACCUUCUGCUUACGCCUGCCAGGUACCUGGAAGAUUCACAACGCCUUCAAUGUCCAACUUCUGAAGCCCUAUCGGGAUCCGAACGCGAUCUUCGUCGGACGCCAACCGCCGCCGCCGCCGCCCGUCCUCGUCCUGAAUGAACACGAGUAUGAGGUCGAGUCCGUGCUUGCACACCGCCGUGGUCGGAAUGGCACCGUGGAGCUUCUUAUUCGUUGGAAGGCUUAUGAUCCUUCUGAGGACAGCUGGGUACCUGAGACCGACAUGGGUAACGCCCAUCGUCCUCUUCAUGACUACCUUGUCAAGCAGGGUGUUACUUCUACCACCCAGCUUUGAGGGGGGGAAGUGUGAGAGUAC